AUGAGUUCGCUUGCUUUGAAGCUGUUAGAAACGCGUCAAACAUGUCAACAAAACCCUGUAUUUGAUCUACAGGACCCGUGGAGGUUGGCUAUUCAGCUUCGAGACCACAAAGAGCAAAACCGCAGACAACCAAAUAACGUUCUGAAUCAGCAUCUUAAACAGAUAAUCGAUGAUCCGAGUGCGCGACCAUUCAAGCUUCAGCGCGAAAAUAUUGAUCCCGUGGAGCUAAACAUUCUGAUUGAGCAUACACUGGCAAAAUUACACGAGCAUUCGGAGGGAAAGGAGGUCCUAACGCUGGAAGAAGCGAAACACGUUAAAAACCAGAUCGAGGAGUUAAAAGCAUCAAAAACACAACUACUUGAAAAAUUGGCGGAGGGCCCGCAGUCCCAGUUGUUUGAACGUUUCGUCGCGGUUGACAAGGACUUAGAGUUUUUGCAAGCAAAGCUGACUAGCCAUGAGAUCUUAGUUUCGCAGCUGGGAUACGUGCAGGACAUGUUCCUUGACCAGAAUGCUGCUUUCAUGGCCAGUGAUGUGGAACGAUCGCUGGAAGGGCUUGUAUCUAAGGUGGUGUCAAUGUCUGUGCAGAACAAUGUCGAACUUCCUGAGCCCAACAUCGAAAAGAUGCGCAGCUUGACUGGCCGAAUCGAGUGGUGUUCAAAUUGCAUUGCUGCUCUUGUGAACGGCUCGAAAACCACGCCAAUCUCCGAGACACACCAAUUCACGAAGGAUGUUGGCAACAAGCAGGAGUCAUCCGACGUGGAGGAAUUAAGAACGGCACUCAGUGACCUUCAAUUUGCACACAACUACCUUACACGCAAGUUUGAGGACGAGCGCGAGCUCCACAACACUGUUCUUAGCGAGCUGCGGCAGAAGCUCAGCCAGUCACAGGAGCUGCUCAACAAAUCAAACAGCGAGCUUUCUAAACAAACGUCUCAAUUAUUGAAAUUGGAGCUACAAAACAGUGAGUUACAAAUGCAAUUGGCCAACAAACAACGGGAAACCAUUGACCAGGCCAAGCAGUUGAACAUUCUGAAGGUCGACCGUCUAGGCGACACGACGGCAGAGAGACCGCUCUCGUUUAGUCAGGGAGCAAAUCAAUCGUCUUCCCCGUCAACGCCUCUCACGUCAUACCACGAGGACCAGUCUUUUGCGGCCACUUCUUCCCCUACCAAGAACAACGUCAGCGCAUCAAUUUUGAGACUCGAGUUCAAGAAGUUGGUCGCAGGCAUGAACGAGAGGUUCGAGCAGGAGCUCGAGGCCGAACGUGUGGAGAAAAGACGAUUGCAGGACUUAUUGAAAAUGUAUGAGUCUAAAAAACUCUAG